GUUAAAGUAACCCUAUGUCUAAGCGAAGGAGAGAAAGAAACACACUACACACAUGAGCACAAAUGAGAAUAUUUUAGUUAUUUAUAACUUUUAAACGUACUAGCACUGUAAUAUGUAUGUUAUAUUGAUUAAGUGAAAGAAUGGAUAAUUUCAGGGGACCGUUUAAGACCGACUGCGAGGAGCGGCUUGGUCGUUUUCAAGCGACCGAGUCAGUUCGCUUCGAGCGCUUUUCAGCGAUAUGGAAGGACAUUAACUUCAACAGCAUAUUUUAUGGUAAACCAGACCCUAAGGAGAGAAGACACUUCGCUCGUUUGGCUCUGUCUGUUGUGUCUCCAUACUUCCACCCACCCUACACUUUCCAGAUCAGAGUGGGCGGUCUUUAUCUGCUCUACGGUCUCUUCCAUACACAGCUCUGCACUCCCAAAGAAAAGAUCCGGAUUGCUCUGAAGGACUGGAAGGAUGUCUUGCAAUUUCAGCAGGAUGCAGAGAACGCUCAACAUCAUGACGUGGUUUAUAUCUUUAAAAAGCUGAUGUCAGAUAAAGCUUUUCUUUUCACAGCCAUGCCGACAAUGCUCUUAUGUCGGACGAAGAGGGAAGAUGGAAAGGGGACGAAAAUCUGUGAAGAGUUUGUUGAUCCGCCAACACGAAUCCAGGAACUCGUCACUACAGAUGUGCUAGAGGAACUUGCAAACGUGCAUGAGCAUUAUGAGACUCUGAAGAAAGCUGUUUUCACAGAUUCUGAUUCGAACGUCAACCUUAUCGAACAGAACCUGGUCUGCAAACUAAAUAAUGCUGUCCUGACUUAUUCCAACUGGCAGGAGAAUCGUACCGUAAAAGCUGAGCAGUUGGAUACUGGAGAGGGGCCUUCAAAUCAAGAUAGCUCCCGCAGAGCCCAGCUGUUAGCUUCAAUCAAAUCUAGAUCCUAUGGGCAAGUUAUGGAGGCCUCCAAGGGCCGACGUCACAGACAGUCACAGCUGGUCCUAUCAGCUGAUGGAGAUCACACACCUAACACCUCUUCAAAGAAGAAGAGACCCCCGUCUCUUAAAAAUCGCACGCAAUUACGCUUCGAGAUUCAAGGAACUGAGAGAGAGAAACUGACAAAAGCGACCCGGUUGUGGAAUUUGAGUAAAGUAAAAGAAGAUAAGGUGACAGAGAAAAAGAAGCAAUUCAAAUGGACCCCAAAACCAGAAAGUGAUGUCACGUAGAAGUUCAGUGAAAAAACAAGGCUGGAGGAUGAAAUGAAUGUACAUUUUAUUAAGGUUGCUGUUUUAACAUUUUAAUGAAUAUUUGGUAUCCAAAUACCUUUCGUUUGCAAGAAAGGCACAGAUUUUACUUCUGUUUUAGUAUUUUAGAUGAUAAUGUGGUUUCUUGUAUGGAGCAUGAUAAAAAAGAUUGAAAAUUGAAUUGAACAGCAUCCAGGGCAUGAGAAAUAAAAAAAAAUCCAGUGUUAAUGUUAAGCCCA